AUGGUACAAAUUUCAAGAAAAUUUCUGAAAUUCUUGAAACCAAAUCAGAAACUCAAGUUGACUUCUCCAUCCGGAAAUUAUAAUCGAUCAAGUUCUCCACAAUCAUCAGUAAAAAUUGAUAUCACAUUUAUUGAACCAAUCAACAGACGACAAUAUAUCUCACGAGAAUUGGUUCAAUCAUCAGACAAUCCAAUUGUUAUUGAUGUAGACGCAGAAGAAUCAAGACCUCCUGAAGUAAUGUCAUCAUUUAUUUCAUCAAUACCCGUUACUCAAUCUACUCAAUCUACUCAACCUAAUCAACCUCUUAAUCUCACAAAACAUACCACAACAUCGACAGGAUUGGUAGAACUAAAUCAAUUUCGACAAUCAAGUUCCCUUCCUCAAGUGUAUUAUUCAUCAAAUACUCUACCACCUCCGCCACCACAUCAUUCUGUUCAACUACAAGGACCUAAUAACAUGACACCUAGUAACCCAAUAAUAUAA